CCGUGAAGGAGCACAUGUUCACGCCAUCAGCGCAAGGUUUCGUCGCAUGAAGCCGUGCGCACGAGCGCGUGGCUCAUCUCGCACAUCUGUUCUAAUUAAAGAUUAAACAGAACUUUUCUCCCCUCCUUUUUUUCCGGCCGUGCGUGACGGAAUAGAGAGAGCGCAGCGCGAAAGAAGGAGGCAUUCAGCUCCACUCACAGCACAAGAAGAUAACUGGGACAUAUGGCUGCACAGGAGGAAAAAGUGAAGAUGAUUUAAAAAAAAAAUAAAAAAAAAAAAAACCAAAAUCUAAUGGAACGGACAUCUUUCUCUAAGGAUAAAGAGAUUUGAACUCCAAACCUGUGUUCUGCGGAAGUUUAGGCUUAACGGGCGCUAUGGGACAGUGCCUAUUGGAGGGUAACAAUCAGAGAACAGCCCCACCCUCUGCCUGCCACCGGUGCCCGCUGGGAGGACCAGUCGCAUUUCCUCUGCCAGCGUUCAUUCAGCCUGUGCUGCGAAGGGAUGCUGGAGAGCAGUGGAACAUGGUGGAAAGUGGUGGCAUGCGGGGUUUCUCCCACCGUCUUUCUCCAAUCACUGCUUUUUACACAGCUUCACGCUGAAUAUGGACUCGGCCUGCCUUUAGCGCUCCGCACAGGUGUUAAAUGUGUGAAAUUACCGCUUUUCCAGCGCUGUCUUCAAAUUUGGAAGGAGGGACCUCAGUAACUUCCCGCGCUGCCUCCGGAGACAGAUCGGACGGUUAAACAGAUGCUGACAACGUCCCGACGCAGAUCACCGGGGGCCCCAUCAUGGUCAAUGUGACGGCAAAUGGCACCCUGGGACAGAACGGGGCCCGGUACAACUACCCAGCGCUUCUGCUGGGCGUCCCGCUCAUCCUGGUCAUUAUCCUGGGCAACGUACUGGUGUGUCUGAGCGUGCUCACCGAGCGCUCGCUCAAGACCGCCACCAACUACUUCAUCGUGAGCCUGGCGGUGGCCGACCUCCUGCUGGCCGUGCUCGUGCUGCCUCUCUACGUGUACUCCGAGUUUCUCGGCGGCAUUUGGACGCUGGACACGCACAUCUGCGACGCGCUGAUGACUAUGGACGUGAUGCUCUGCACAGCCUCAAUCCUGAACCUGUGCGCAAUCAGUGUCGACAGAUACAUUGCCGUCGUGGUCCCCCUGAAGUACAACCGGAACCAGUUCAGCAUGCGGCAGCUCAUCCUCAUCGCAGCCACCUGGGUGCUGUCCUUCGGCGUGGCCAGCCCCGUCAUCUUCGGCCUGAACCGGGUGCCGGGUCGGGAUGCCGGCGUGUGCAAGCUGGAGAACGACAGUUUUGUCGUGUACUCCUCCGUCUGCUCCUUCUUCGUGCCUUGCCCCAUCAUGCUGCUGCUCUACUACUGGAUGUUCCGCGGGCUGCGGCGCUGGGGCGCCAGCCGGGAGUCCAACCUGCUCCGGGCCGAACGGCGCUUCUCGCUGGGCCUGCGGAGGGCCGGGGCCGCCUACCUGGUGCCCGGCCUAAGCCCCACGGACGCGUGCCCGGGGACGGUGCCCGACAGCGACCUCAUCACCGCCCAGGGGGACAGCGCUUCGGACGCGGAGGGGGGCGAGAGGGCGCGCGAGGGCAGCCCCCGGGCGAACGGCGCGAGAGGCCGCAGGAACGGGAGGGCCUCCAACAGCAAGAGCAGCCGCGUGAGCGGACGUGAGCGCAAAGCCAUGAAGGUCCUGCCUGUGGUGGUGGGUGUCUUCCUGGCCUGCUGGACUCCCUUCUUCGUGGUCCACGUCACCAAGGUCCUGUGCGUGUCGUGCGACAUCAAGCCCCCGCUGAUCAGCGUGGUCACGUGGCUGGGCUACGUCAACAGCGCCGUGAACCCCAUCAUCUACACUGCCUUCAACACCGAGUUCAGGAACGUCUUUCAGAAGCUCUUGUGCUGUCAGACGUGAGGACGCAGGCAGCGGCGCGAAGCCCAGCGGUUUCCUCCUCGCCACAUCGACGUGUGCGGGGUGACCAGGCUGCACGUGACGUGUAGAUUCUAUGCCUUAGCUGAAAUUAUUGUGGACUGAAAUAUGGUAAAACAAUAGUAAUCUACUGAAACCGUGCCAUGUCGACUGCUGUAAAAUAUCGCUUGAGUACAAUAACCCAACAAUAAUAGACUUUAGCCCAGAAGCAUAAAACAUGUGAAACCGUGUAUGUUCUGGAGUUUGUUUGUAGUGGUUUUGUGCAAGGCUGCCUUGACAGUGAACUUUAAAUGUUCUGCAGUAUUCC